UAAGACGCCCAAAAAGGUCAUUUUAGGAAAUGCAAUAAUUACCAAUAGGUACUAACGGAAUUAAUACUCUGUAUACUGGCGGACCGAUUUCGUGCAAUUACUUCGACUGGAAGGCCAUUUUCUCUUAAUACGAGAUAGUUGCCUAAUAUGAGAUGGUUAUUUAUUAUUAAAAUAUAAAUUAUUCUCGCAGCUAUAGUGAAGUUCACCCUCCGCGGGGUCAACGCGUUCGAGAAUUAUGGGCAUUUGAACAUCCGAUUUUGAGGUUAAUAAUUAUUUGAACGCGGGGGGUUAUUUCGGACCUCCGUCCGACCUACGGAGUGAAUUUUUAUUAAAAAAUUCCGAGCUCGAGGGAAUUGUUAUAAUUCAGUCGUAAGGAUACUUUUGGUCCGUCGGGUGUAUUGAGUAAAUGUCGAGAAUAUGGCGGAGUAAGUUCGUCAUGUGACUUUGCCGCGAAAUUUCGAGUUUUGUGAAUUUUCUCGCGUUCGUAUUCCGGCGCGCUUAAGUCGAGCAAUAUGGCCGACCACUUGGUCAGGGUGCCAUUACAUGGAGCGCGGAAACGCGGAAACACGGAAACGCGGAAGAGAAUAGCAACUAGAAAAAUAACUAUUCCGCGUUUCCGCGAAUUGAGUCGUUUCUUUCCGCACAUUUGAGCGGAAUCCGUUACCGUGUGUGCACGUGGACUCAAGUGUAUAAUAGAAAAUAAAAACUUUCUAAAUGGAUGCAACAAAGUGUGGCUAUUGCGGCUUCAUUUUAAGGGGGUCAUGUGAAACACUUUUGGACCACGAUUGUUUCAAGAAAUAUAAUGAAACUGAAGAUGUCAUAAAUGUUGACAGCAAUGCUGUGGUCACUAUGAGUACGUAUAGUACGUCAGAACAGUCAAUUGAGUCAUUUCGCGAUCAUUUAAGUUGUUUAUUUAUUUAUGUUAAAGUAAAGAGACAUCAAACUGAAAGUGUUGUGCAACAUGAAGGAGCUUCACAAUCUGCUACACAAUCGGUACUGACACAAAACGAGUUACUAAUUGAACUGGUGCGAACUCGAAGAGCUUUAUGGGAUCAUUCAAUUCCAAUAACCGAAAGGACAAGAUUAAAAAAAGAAAGUUUAUGGCAAGAAAUAAGAUACUUCAUAAUAAUCAUCAACAUGAUGUUUGGAUCCAUGAUAUUGUACUUGAUAUUAUAUUGUCACUUUUAAAAUAAUAAAACAAUUUAAAUAUAUAAAAACUUUCUUCUUCAAUCGACUCCGACUCCAAAAUUUGAUGCUGUGUCUACAUUGACAAUGAUUUGACGCGUUCCGUUCCGUCUGUUUUGAUUGCCCCUUAUAUUACAUGGAGCACUAUUUGCACGGAAAAGCGGAACGGUAUAGUGA